CAAAGAAUCUUACGCACACAUAUAAAAUAGGGUUUUCGCAAGUCGCCGGUUGUAGUUUUAUUUACGCUUCGAAAGAAAGUAAAGUGCUAAAGAUUACUCAUUGAUAUUACGACAUAACGCUUAAAGUAUGAGUCUCAGGCAGUUUCAGAACAUUUCCCGCCAGGCCCUCAGGUGCUAUUCAAUCAGGCGGACCCUUGGCCCCGCCCUCGAGCUGAGUCAGGGUCAAAGGUCGGGGCUGCGCCUCUGCACCGUCCUUCUUCCCGUGAGCUGUGCGGCCACAUCCGCUUCCUCAGCCGCCUCCUCAGCCGCCCAGUACUCCACAGCAGCUGCCAUCGACAUGUCUGCUAACGGAGAUUACAAGAACGCCGCCUCGAUCUACGAGUUCACGGUGAAGGACACCCAUGGCAAUGAUGUCUCGCUGGACAAGUACAAGGGCAAGGUGGUCCUGGUGGUGAACAUCGCCUCCAAGUGUGGACUGACCAAGAACAACUACGAGAAGUUGACGGAUCUGAAGGAGAAGUUCGGCGAAAGGGGUUUGGUCAUCCUGAACUUCCCGUGCAAUCAGUUUGGAUCCCAGAUGCCGGAGGCCGAUGGCGAGGCCAUGGUGUGCCAUCUGCGCGACGCGAAGGCUGAUAUUGGCGAGGUCUUUGCCAAGGUCGAUGUGAAUGGCGAUAAUGCGGCGCCCUUGUACAAAUAUUUGAAGGCCAAGCAGACGGGCACUUUGGGAAGCGGAAUCAAGUGGAACUUCACCAAGUUUCUGGUGAACAAGGAGGGCAUUCCCAUCAACCGAUAUGCCCCGACCACCGAUCCCAUGGACAUAUCCAAGGAUAUCGAGAAGUUGCUGUAGACGUAGCUGUCCCAUGGAUAAAUGAAACCUAUAUCUUAUGGACUGUGUUUUUCGCGUAGCCUUAGCUUGUAACAACCGCCUGGCCAACAGAUAGUAUUUUGUGGCUGGCCACAUGCACCGCAUGUUAUAUAUACUAUAUAUAUAGUCUACUCUUUACUGGUUUUUGAUUAUUCCCACCCACAAAAACAUAAUAAACGCCAUUUGUGGUUACCACACCAACCA